CCCCGGAUACGUUGAAUCAGUAUCAACGGAUAUUCUUUGAAGACCAACCCCGGAAAAGUCGGAGUUCGGCCUCUUCUUAGUUAUCCUCACGUCACUAGAUAUUCCAAUAUUCUUGACACAGAAACCUCAACUGCAGCCUGGUGGUAGAUGGUGAGGUGACUUAGAGAUGUAGAGGAUCUCAAGUCAUUACACGACGUCAUUCUCCGGACCCUGGAGGCGUGUGAGUGCAGACGACAUACAGCCCAGCGACAGCAAUCAUUUGUCGUUCUGAUCACAGUUGUAGCCAUAAAGUAUUUAAGAAGAUGUCGAGGUGCUGAUACUGCAUUUCAACGCCUUCAACAUGGCAGAAUUAGACUCCUCAAUCUCCAUCGAUCAUCUUUUAGGUCCCUUUGUGAUAUGUGCUUGUAUCACAUUCGUGAUAUUCGGGAUUGCCGUUGCCCAGUCCUAUGUUUAUCUACUCGACUGCGAAAAGGAUCCGACAUGGUUAAAGCUUUUGGUUGCUUCGGUUACUAUACUGGAGACAGUGCACACAGCCAUUGUUAUGCAAGUCUUGUAUCGCUUCACCGUCACUGGAUUCGGGAAACCAGACGUAAUUGCAUUGGUAUCGUGGGGACCUCCUGCCGCGAUCUAUAUUGAGCACGUCAUUCUUGCGCUUGUUCAAGGGUUCUUCAUUCAUCGCUUGUGGAUCCUUAGUGAGAAGAGUAUCGUGUUAGUUCUCAUUCUAUCUGGACUCCUUUUCGUUCGCUGUGGUCUUGCAAUCGGCGCAGGAACUCUCGGUUUUGUCUAUGACACUUGGGAGUCGUAUCAAUCUGCAUUUGUUACUGAGGUCAUCGUGAACGUCACGGACAGUUUUUCACUGCUAGUAGAUGGACUGACGAGCAUCGUAUUCGCGUGUGUAAGGGUUGCUGGCAAGUAUUCUACUGUGGCCCCAAAUGUCAACGAGUUGACUGGCUAGAGGGACAUUGUGAGCGGUGUAUAAGGCUCAGAACGCAGGACGACGAACAAUGAAUCGCCUCGUGAAUCGCCUUCUGGUUCUUUAGAUUGUGAAAGUCUGUCCAUGAGAUGCUCGAUCAGAUCACCUACUUUCUCAGUCAGUUUCGUAAUCCCACAUUGUCCCCUGGCAUUGCAAGCUCCAAGUCAAUUUACGCUUCGUCACCUGUACCUCAUGCUAGUACGAGUAUCGAUCCCUCCGCUAACAUAAUACUAAGUAGAUGUCGAGACAAUCUC